AUGCAUCCGUCCUCCGGUGGGCUGAAGGUUCAGCUACAUGAUGGAAGCGAGCACCAGGUCCCAGGUUUCUACUUCGAAAACCACGACUCGGAGGGAGAUGGGCCAGAAUCACUCCACGCUUUUAUCCAUGGUUGUCUUGGUGAGCAGUUCACGAAUGCCGCAGAUGUCCUCUUGAGAAAGAAGGCUUGCACUGCCAUGCGCUGCUCUGAUCUUUUGUUGGAUUUGCUGACAGCACAAAUUUCAGUUUCGGUAUCCUCUUCUACAACUCCCCGUGAUUGUAUUGACUGUUCAAGACUGCCUGCGGAGAAGAUCAAUACUCUUAAGGUCUGUUGGGGCAUGACGCAUGGCACAGUCCACGGGCAUGAUAUGCAGCCCAAACGAGCGCGUCAGUGA